UGUGGUGGGGGGCCCCAAUUCUUCAUUUUCAUUUUAUUGUUCCUUCCUUCGCCGUCUACUGCACUUGUGACAUCGAUUUCAAGUGAAUCAGAAUGGGUAAGGAAAAGAGUCACAUUAACAUUGUGGUCAUUGGCCACGUCGAUUCCGGAAAAUCGACCACCACUGGCCACCUGAUCUACAAGCUUGGUGGUAUUGACAAGCGUGUGAUUGAAAGGUUUGAGAAAGAAGCUGCGGAGAUGAACAAGAGGUCAUUCAAGUAUGCUUGGGUGCUUGACAAGCUCAAGGCUGAACGUGAGCGUGGUAUCACCAUUGAUAUUGCCUUGUGGAAAUUUGAGACGACCAAAUACUACUGCACUGUGAUUGAUGCGCCUGGACACCGUGACUUUAUCAAGAACAUGAUUACUGGCACCUCGCAGGCUGAUUGUGCUGUUUUGAUUAUUGAUUCCACCACUGGUGGUUUUGAGGCUGGUAUCUCCAAGGAUGGUCAGACUCGUGAGCAUGCUUUGCUUGCUUUUACCCUUGGUGUCAAGCAAAUGAUUUGCUGUUGCAACAAGAUGGAUGCCACUACCCCUAAAUAUUCGAAGGCUAGGUAUGAUGAAAUCGUGAAGGAAGUCUCUUCCUACUUGAAGAAGGUUGGAUACAACCCUGACAAGAUUCCAUUUGUUCCCAUUUCUGGUUUUGAGGGUGAUAACAUGAUUGAGAGGUCUACCAACUUGGACUGGUACAAGGGCCCUACACUUCUUGAGGCUCUUGACCAGAUCAAUGAGCCCAAGAGGCCUUCAGACAAGCCUCUCCGUCUACCACUUCAGGAUGUGUACAAGAUUGGUGGUAUUGGAACUGUCCCAGUUGGUCGUGUUGAAACUGGUGUCUUGAAGCCUGGUAUGGUUGUGACCUUUGGUCCUACUGGUCUGACCACUGAAGUUAAGUCUGUUGAGAUGCACCAUGAAGCUCUUACGGAGGCGCUUCCUGGUGAUAAUGUUGGGUUCAAUGUUAAGAAUGUCGCUGUUAAGGAUCUCAAGCGUGGUUAUGUUGCAUCCAACUCCAAGGAUGAUCCUGCUAAGGAGGCUGCAAACUUCACUUCUCAGGUCAUCAUCAUGAACCAUCCUGGACAAAUUGGAAACGGAUAUGCCCCAGUCCUCGACUGCCACACCUCACACAUUGCUGUUAAGUUUGCUGAACUUUUGACCAAGAUUGACAGGCGAUCUGGUAAGGAGCUUGAGAAGGAACCCAAGUUCUUGAAGAAUGGUGAUGCUGGUAUGAUUAAGAUGAUUCCCACCAAGCCCAUGGUUGUGGAGACCUUCUCCGAGUACCCACCCUUGGGUCGUUUUGCUGUGAGGGACAUGCGUCAGACCGUGGCUGUUGGUGUUAUCAAGAAUGUUGAGAAGAAGGACCCAACCGGUGCCAAGGUCACCAAGUCUGCUGCUAAGAAGAAGUGAACCGUGCUGGCUAAACCUAAUGAAGUUUCCGCAGAUGGAGUAUUUUAUUAUGAUAAUAAUAGUUUGAUAGACUUUAUCAUUUAUGAUAUAGUUGGUCUUUUGCUUGGUUUUGCAUGUUAUAGUGUGGUGCCAUUGUUGUCUGGUAACUGUUCUCAGUAUUGGGUGCUUGACAGACGGUGGCAUAGCUAUGGCAGGUGGUCUCUAGCGUUAUCUGGUUUUGUUUAAUUUACUACUGUAUCUUGUCAUUGUCAAGAGGGUGCCCUCUUUGGUUUUCCAAGGUGGCUCGAAACUUUUGUUUAUGAUUUUCGUUGAAGCUGCGGAAUUAUUUAUUAUGAAA